GAAUUAGUCGACCUUGUAUUGUCAUAGCAUUUAUUCUAAUCUUACGAUUUAAGUUUAGAGCUACCGAUACUGACAAUUAGAUGUUUGACAUUAUUUAUCAGUAUUUGACAGCAUUUGGAUUAUAUUUCGGAGCUUGGAUUUUUUGCUACUAUGACUGGAGUAGUAUUUUUGUUGGUGGAGGUCAUAAGACGUAUUUUGAUCUUAACAAAACCUUUAUCAGACGUAAUUAUUUCUUUCAUCUACAACAUUUUUACGGAAAAGACAAAUCCACUACCACCGAUUGAAAAUGGUAUUCUACUUCUGUCUGCUUCAAAUUUGGCUAAGAAAAUCAGGAACAGGCAGUUGAAAUGUGAGGAUGUAGUACGUGCUUACGUAAACAGAGCGAAAACUGUCCAGCUAUACACCAAUGCUGUAACAGACGCACGUUAUGAAGAGGCGAUAGAAGAUGCCAUAAAAAUCGAUCGUUUCCUAGAACGAGGUGAAAAGACCCCAGAACAAAUUGAGAAGGACACUCCACUAUUAGGGGUACCUUUUACUUGUAAGGAAGUAAUUGGAAUAAAAGGUUUAUACCAAACAGCAGGUUUAUACAGGGAUAAAGGAAGAACUGCAGAGGAAGAUGGUGAUGCCCCAGCACUAUAUCGCAAUGCUGGUGCUAUACCCGUAACUGUAACUAAUGUUCCAGAACUGUGCAGUUGGUGGAAUUCAACAAAUAUCAUCUUUGGUAAAACAACGAAUCCAUAUGAUAAAAGGAGAACACCUGGUGGUAGCUCAGGAGGUGAAGGAGUACUUCUCACAACAGCUGGAGCAGUGAUUGGAAUUGGUACAGAUUAUGGCGGCAGCAUAAGAGUACCUUCAGUUUUUAAUAGUAUCUAUGGUCAUAAGCCUUCUUCCUGUAUUGUGUCAAAUCGUGGCUAUUAUCCGUGGAUUGAAACUGAGAAAAUGCCAUUUGAUCACAUCAAUACUACAGGUCCUAUGUGUAGAUAUGCCGAAGAUUUAACUCUUUUGUUGAAAAUUUUAUCGGACAAUAAUCCAAAACUGCAGUUACAAAAAAAAGUUGAUUUCAAGCAUGUGAAAAUAUACUACUUAGAAGAAUUGCCUGGUGCUCCUGCCAUUCCCAGUGUGAAGAAAGCCAUUAAAAAGGCUACAAACCAUUUUGAAGAGCAAUAUGGAGUAAAGGCCCAACCAUUGAAACUAGAAAAAUUUAAAAAUAUCAUCUCCUUGAUUGCUAGCAAAUAUCUAGAUACUCAUGCUCCGCCUUUUAAGCUAAUACUAACCGAUGCAGAAGGCGAAGUCAACAUAUGGCUAGAAUUCUUUAAAAGUCUCUUUGGAAUGUCAAACCAUACUUUGCCCUCCAUUUUCAACGCAAUGCUAGAAAAACGUGAUAAAGACAACCACUACUAUGAGUGUUUGAAGCAAUUCGAUUCCCUUGGUCAAACAUUUCAAGACAUUUUUAAAGAAGAUGCUGUGCUUUUUCUACCAACUCAUCCCGAGACAGCGCCGUUUCACCAUUUGAUAAUAUUCAAAACUCUAAAUUUCAUGUAUGCACCCAUCUUCAAUUUGUUAGGGCUCCCUGCGACAAGCAUACCUGCCGGCGUGUGUGAUGGACUUCCAAUUGGUAUUCAAGCCGUUAGUGGGCACUGUAACGAUCGUCUUACAAUAGCUGCAGCAUUGGAGUUGGAUAACGUGUUUGGAGGGUGGAAAAGUCCAUGUUCGAUUGAUGUUAAAUAAAAAAAUAGUACUAGA